AACCCUCCUCCACCGCCCGGAUCGCGAUGGCCGCCGCCGCCGUCGCCCCCGACGCGAAGAUCGAGAAGUUCCGCGACGCCGUCGCCAAGCUCGACGAGAUCAGCGAGAACGAGAAGGCCGGCUGCAUCAGCCUCGUCUCGCGCUACCUCAGCGGCGAGGCGGAGCAGAUCGAGUGGAGCAAGAUCCAGACCCCCACCGACGAGGUGGUGGUGCCGUACGACACCCUCGCGCCCGCGCCCGAAGAUCUCGAUGCCAUGAAGGCGCUGCUCGACAAGCUCGUCGUGCUCAAGCUCAACGGAGGCCUCGGCACCACCAUGGGCUGCACCGGUCCCAAGUCUGUUAUUGAAGUUCGCAAUGGGUUCACAUUUCUUGACCUUAUUGUGAUUCAGAUCGAGUCCCUGAACAAGAAGUACGGAUGCGAUGUCCCUUUACUUCUCAUGAACUCCUUCAACACGCAUGACGAUACUCAAAAGAUUGUUGAGAAGUACUCCAACUCCAACAUCAACAUCCACACUUUCAACCAGAGCCAAUAUCCCAGGAUUGUUACUGAGGACUUCUUGCCACUUCCGAGCAAAGGGAAGUCAGGAAAGGAUGGCUGGUAUCCCCCAGGCCAUGGUGAUGUUUUCCCCUCUUUGAACAACAGUGGAAAACUUGAUACCUUACUGUCGCAGGGCAAGGAGUAUGUCUUUGUUGCCAACUCAGACAACUUGGGUGCUAUAGUUGACAUCAAGAUAUUGAACCACCUGAUCAACAACCAGAAUGAAUACUGCAUGGAGGUUACUCCGAAAACAUUGGCUGAUGUUAAAGGUGGAACCCUCAUCUCAUAUGAAGGAAGGGUCCAGCUCUUGGAGAUUGCCCAAGUCCCUGAUGAGCAUGUGAAUGAAUUCAAGUCAAUUGAGAAGUUCAAGAUAUUCAAUACCAACAACCUGUGGGUGAACUUGAAGGCGAUCAAGAGGCUUGUUGAAGCUGAUGCACUUAAGAUGGAGAUCAUUCCCAACCCUAAGGAAGUUGAUGGCGUGAAAGUCCUUCAGCUGGAAACUGCAGCUGGGGCAGCGAUCCGGUUCUUCGAGAAAGCAAUCGGCAUCAACGGUCCCCGCUCAAGGUUUCUGCCCGUGAAGGCUACAUCAGAUUUGUUGCUUGUGCAGUCUGACCUCUAUACCUUGGUCGAUGGCUAUGUCAUCCGCAACCCAGCUAGAGUGAAGCCUUCAAACCCUUCCAUUGAGCUUGGUCCUGAGUUCAAGAAGGUCGCCAGUUUCCUGGCCCGGUUCAAGUCAAUCCCCAGCAUCGUUGAGCUCGACAGCUUGAAGGUCUCUGGUGAUGUCUCGUUUGGCUCUGGCGUCGUACUCAAGGGCAACGUGACCAUCGCUGCCAAGUCCGGAGUCAAGCUGGAGAUCCCAGACGGAUCUGUGCUUGAGAACAAGGACAUCAACGGCCCGGAGGAUCUUUGAGUGACGCUCGCUCACCACCGCCAGACGCAUCCUGGAAGCCUUCCAGUUCUCCUUCCCUGAGUUAACAACAGUUGUAAUUUUCGUGUGCAUUCCGCUGUGGGGUUGUCCUGUGGGAGCCCUGUUACAGAAUAAUUGUAAUCCCCUCUUGUCCAUCUGCACUUCUGUUCUUCCUGGGUGGUACCAGGGACGUAAAGUUCUUUUGGUUAAGUGAUAUGCCAUAGUUUUAUUUUCA